CCACUACCAGCUUUCGCGCUCCAGCUCCUCCCCUCCUCCGCGCCUUCUCGCUCCCCUCCCCCGCUCCGCCGCUGCUCCCUGCCCCCGCCACCGCCGGUCUCCUCCGCAGUCUGGGCCGCUGGGUGCAGAGCCUGCCGCAGCGUCAGCGGCCUCCCCAGACCGGAUACCCAUUGUGUCCUAUCCCAUCCCGCCUUCCACUUCUCACGGCCAUGGCGCAGGAAACCGGGAGCAGCUCUCGACUCGGGGGGCCUUGCGGGGAGCCUGCGGAGCGCAGAGGUGAUGCUAGCGAGGAAGACCACCCCCAAGUCUGUGCCAAAUGCUGCGCACAAUUCUCUGACCCGACCGAAUUCCUUGCUCACCAGAAGGCAUGUUGCACUGACCCACCGGUAAUGGUGAUAAUUGGGGGCCAGGAGAACCCCAGCAACUCUUCAGCUUCCUCUGCGCCCCGACCAGAGGGCCACAGUAGGUCCCAGGUCAUGGACACAGAGCACAGCAAUCCUCCAGAUUCUGGGUCCUCUGGGCCCCCGGAUCCCACUUGGGGUCCAGAGCGGAGGGGAGAGGAAUCUUCUGGGCAUUUCCUGGUCGCUGCCACAGGUACAGCGGCUGGAGGAGGUGGGGGCCUGAUCUUGGCCAGUCCCAAGCUGGGAGCAACCCCAUUACCUCCAGAAUCCACCCCUGCACCCCCUCCUCCACCCCCUCCCCCACCCCCUCCCCCUCCAGGUGUAGGCAGUGGCCACUUGAACAUUCCUCUGAUCUUGGAAGAGCUGCGGGUGCUGCAGCAGCGCCAGAUUCAUCAGAUGCAGAUGACUGAGCAAAUCUGCCGCCAGGUGCUGUUACUUGGCUCCUUAGGGCAGACGGUGGGUGCCCCUGCCAGUCCCUCAGAGCUACCUGGGACAGGGACUGCCUCUUCUACCAAGCCCCUACUGCCUCUCUUCAGUCCCAUCAAGCCAGUGCAAACUGGCAAGACAUUGGCAUCUUCCUCUUCAUCCUCCUCCUCAGGAGCAGAACCACCUAAGCAGGCUUUCUUCCACCUUUACCAUCCACUGGGAUCACAGCAUCCCUUCUCUGUAGGAGGGGUUGGUCGAAACCACAAACCCACUCCUGCCCCCUCCCCUGCCCUGCCAGGCAGCACGGAUCAGCUGAUUGCGUCACCUCAUCUGGCAUUCCCAGGCACCACAGGACUCCUGGCAGCUCAGUGUCUUGGGGCAGCAAGGGGCCUUGAGGCUGCCGCCUCCCCAGGGCUUCUGAAGCCAAAGAACGGAAGCGGUGAGCUGGGCUAUGGGGAAGUUAUUAGUUCCUUGGAGAAGCCAGGUGGAAGGCACAAAUGCCGCUUUUGUGCAAAAGUAUUCGGCAGUGACAGCGCCCUGCAGAUACACCUUCGUUCCCACACUGGUGAGAGGCCCUAUAAGUGCAACGUCUGUGGUAACCGGUUCACUACUCGGGGCAACCUCAAAGUACAUUUCCACCGGCAUCGUGAGAAGUACCCACAUGUGCAAAUGAAUCCACAUCCAGUACCAGAGCACCUAGACUAUGUCAUCACCAGCAGUGGGCUGCCUUAUGGAAUGUCUGUGCCACCAGAGAAAGCAGAAGAGGAGGCAGCCACUCCAGGCGGAGGUGUUGAACGCAAACCUCUAGUGGCCUCCACCACAGCACUCAGUGCCACCGAGAGCCUGACACUGCUCUCCACUGGUACAAGCACAGCAGUGGCUCCGGGGCUCCCUACUUUCAACAAGUUUGUGCUCAUGAAGGCAGUGGAGCCCAAGAGUAAAGCUGAUGAGAAUACUCCCCCAGGGAGUGAGGGCUCAGCCAUCACUGGAGUAGCAGACAGUGGCUCGGCAACCCGAAUGCAGCUAAGUAAGCUGGUGACAUCUCUGCCGAGUUGGGCACUGCUUACUAAUCACUUGAAGUCAACUGGAAGUUUCCCCUUCCCUUAUGUGCUAGAACCCUUGGGAGCUUCACCUUCUGAAACCUCAAAGCUGCAGCAACUAGUAGAAAAGAUUGAUCGCCAAGGAGCUGUGGCGGUGGCUUCUACUGCCUCGGGAGCUCCCACUACUUCUGCCCCUGCACCUUCAUCUUCCGCUUCUGGACCUAACCAGUGUGUCAUCUGUCUCCGGGUGCUGAGCUGCCCUCGGGCUCUACGCCUGCAUUAUGGCCAACAUGGAGGUGAGCGGCCCUUCAAGUGUAAAGUGUGUGGCAGAGCUUUCUCCACGAGGGGCAAUUUGCGCGCACAUUUCGUGGGUCACAAGACCAGUCCAGCUGCCCGGGCCCAGAACUCCUGCCCCAUUUGCCAGAAGAAGUUCACAAAUGCUGUCACUCUGCAGCAACAUGUUCGGAUGCACCUGGGGGGACAGAUCCCCAACGGAGGUUCUGCACUUCCUGAAGGUGGGGGAGCUGCCCAGGAAAACAGCUCUGAGCAGUCUACAGCCUCUGGACCAGGGAGUUUCCCCCAGCCACAGUCCCAGCAGCCAUCUCCAGAAGAGGAAAUGUCUGAUGAAGAGGAAGAGGAUGAGGAAGAAGAGGAAGACGUGACAGAUGAAGAUUCCCUAGCAGGAAGAGGCUCAGAGAGUGGGGGAGAGAAGGCCAUAUCAGUACGAGGUGACUCCGAAGAGGUAUCUGGGGCAGAGGAGGAAGUGGCAACAUCCGUAGCAGCACCCACCACCGGGAAGGAGAUGGAUAGUAAUGAGACAGCCACUCAACAUGGUCUGCCGCCACCUCCACCACCACCUGACAACCUGGAUCAUCCCCAACCCAUGGAGCAGGGAACCAGUGAUGUUUCCGGAGGCAUGGAGGAAGAGGCCAAACUGGAGGCAACCUCAAGCCCAAUUGUAGCACUCACCCCAGAAGGGGAGGGCACCAGCACCCCUUUGGUGGAAGAGCUGACCUUACCGGAAGCCGUGAAAAAGGAGCCAGGAGAGAACAGCAGCAGAAAGGCCUGUGAAGUAUGUGGCCAGAGCUUUCCUACCCAGACAGCUCUGGAGGAGCAUCAGAAGACCCAUCUCAAGGAUGGGCCACUCUUCACUUGUGUCUUCUGCAGGCAGGGCUUCCUUGACCGAGCUACCCUCAAGAAGCAUGUGCUGUUGGCUCACCACCAGGUACCGCCCUUUGCACCCCAUGGCCCUCAGAAUAUUGCUACUCUUUCGUUGGUCCCUGGCUGUCCCUCAUCCAUCCCUUCUCCAGGGCUCUCCCCAUUCCCUCAAAAAGAUGACCCGGCCAUCCCAUGAGCCUGUUUUCUGUACCUGGUCCUCUAUGACCCAGAGAACAGAAACUGAGAGCUCCAUAGGACGACCUCCAAGAUUUACUCACCCCUCCUCUUAUCUUUUCUCAAGUUCUGACAUGAUGUUUCUAGUGGCUUCUCUCUAGUCCCUAAGCUUGACAAUUGUGUUUGAAAGGGAAUGUCCUCUAAGAAAAUUUUUAUCACCUUUUUGUUCUGUGUAACUAAAGGAAACAAAUUCCCUAUAGCUUUGACAUUCUCAAGGGGGAGCUUUCUCCCCUUCUCCCUUUCCCUCUGGCAGGUAUACUAGAACCCCCAUCUUUGGAAUGGCAGCCUUGUUCAAAGGGGCUGGCAACUGUCCAUGGAAAGCCCACCGCUACUCCUUGGUGAUCUUGACCAAGUCACUCCACAAGACUUUCUUGGGCCAGGACCUUCUUGAGAAGCUUGUGAGGGGUGGUUGAUUUCUUUUCUUUCUGCAACCACGACACAGUUUUCCAUCGAGCCCUGGAGUUCUAGAUCUACCUGCAUUGCCACUUGAGCCCUAGCACAGUCAUUGCUGUCAAAGCCCAGGAACUGUGCUUGACAAGGUGACUCCAACCAUGAUUCAGAGAGGCAGAGGAGAGCAUAGCCUCCCUCCUACUUCAGCCUCCUGUAGCUGAGGCUGUGCCCAACAAGCACACCAGAGGAAAGAAGUAACUAGAACUUCUUUUUCCUUCCCUCUGCUCCAGAGGAUACUAGCAAUGAAUAUACUCUUCUAGUAAUUGGUGGCUCAACCCGAGGAGGUAGGGGCAAAUGAAGAACUGAGAUCCUUUUUUCAGUAUGUCCCUUGUUGACUCUCCACAUUAAGGCAAAGAUAGUGGCUGGUCAAGAUGCCAGGACUCCUUCAGCUUCUCAUCAUGGCUUCUCAACCAACAAGCAGGUUUCUUACUAAGAGGUCUCUCAUGUGAUGUUUUAGGAAGUAUGAAGUUCUUAACUCUAAAGAGCCUUGUUGGUAAGGAUGGUUAUUUAAGCAGUGAUGGGGAGUUGAGGAUUGUUGCUAAAACAGGCAUUACUGUUUGAGUCUAUCUGAUAAAGAACUGAACUUGAAGUAAGGGGACUUGUUCAGCUCUUGUGAAUGUGAAUGUUUUCUUUGAGCUAAUGAUGAUGUGGUAUGCAGAGGCACCAGGGGUUAUGGGGGGGGGGCUUCCUGUUACUAGAGUGUUUUAGUUUUAGAUGACUCCCUAUUUUAUUCUCUCACCCCUUGUAUUUCCCUUGUUGUCUUCUCAAAACCCCUUUCCUCCCUAAUUUUGCCUGACCAUUGGGCCAGAGAUUAUGUCUUAUUUUUUCCAGAAGUUGAGAGACAGAGCUUCUAAGUGGUUCCUCCCUGUCUCUCUGUCUUGUAGUGAGAUGUAGUAUUUACUCUUAACAUAGGAUCCUGUGGAACAGGAGUUCUGAGAAGACUGAAUUUUGCUGUUAGCUGAUAUCAAUGAUGAUUCUCUAAAGUAGUGGGCUCCAGAGCUCCCUAACACAGUGAAAUGUGUAAGAGCAGAGAGGGGAGAUACUAGAAUCUUUUCCUUCAUCAUUAAAGGUGUUUUGGCCAAGUUU